GUAGUGGAGCCAUAGAGUUUGCAGACUUCGAGAAGUACGUGAUCGACAACAACCUACACAAAUCUACUGAAGAGGAGUAUGGCUCGGAGAUGAGAGAUGCUUUCGAGAUGUUUGACAAGGAUCACAACGGAUACAUUGGCGUGCAGGAGUUCAAGACUUUCAUGGCCACCAUGGAUAACAAACUGUCUGAUGAGCAGAUCAAGGAAAUUAUGAAUGAGGCUGAUACCAAUCGCGAUGGGAAAAUUGAUUUUCGAG